AGAACAUAAUUUGGCUCAAGUGGCUGGUGUGAACUCUUAGCCAAAGCUUAGGUGUGCUGGAAUGAGAACGUGCUCUUUAUUUGGGAGUGUUCGAAAGCGAAGCGUUCGCUUGACGCGAGUACUCACCUGUAGUGCUCUUGCAGCUGGCCUGUAUAGUAAUAACGUUCAUGCAGGAAGCUUUUGCAAUGGCCUCACGCAACCAUGGAGGAGCAUACCUUCUUCACCCAGUUCAACUCGCAGGCAAGCUGGGCGAUUGUCGCAAGACUUGCUGGUGAUGCAGAACUUCUGCAGCACGAAUUCAAUUAUCGAGUAUUUCAAAUCUGAGAGUCGGUUCAUGAAGUUGGCGAAAUUGGAGCAGGAUGCCCUUGAAGCCAGGGAUAGGAAAGAUGCACAGUUCUUAGCUGAUGGUGUUCAACAGGCAAUAGAAGAAGGCUUGCUAGCUCAGCUUGAAGAGACACCUGCCUAUGAAGACAUCGAUGUGAUGAGCAUGACACCAAAUCAGUGUGCCGAAUUCAUCGCCUCCAAAUUGCCCAGAGAUGGGGCUGUAGUGGUGGUGGUCGGGGGAAGCGGCACUGGGAAACAGACGACUGUCAAUGAACUGAUGAAGCUGUUGCCUUCAGCUGUGGCGUGGUCGAAUGGUGACUGCUUUCGGUCUUUGACCAUGUUGGCCAUUGCUCACAGCAAGCAAUCUGGAGAGCGGAUCACGGACUGCCUCACUUCACAGAAUUUAGAUACCUGGGCUGGUAUGCUGGAAGUCACCACGGAAGGUGAUGUUCUCAUCAAAGGAUGUGGAAUUGAUGAAAAGGUCUCUGAAAUAAAAAAUACAUUGCUCAAGGACCCAGGACUUGAAGAACUUCUGCCGAAAGUGGCCAGCUUGUCACAGGCCACUGUGUUGGGCUUUGCUCGAAGAGCAUCUGAAAAGCUAUGCCAAUCCGGGCAGACUGCGUUGCUGGAGGGUCGACAGGAAACCUUAGACCACAUUCCGACGGAGCAUCGAUUUCGCUUGACCAUGCCAGAGGAAGGGCGGAGGCUCCUAGGAGAGCGCAGGUUGGCUCAAAGAAUUCUAGCCCGCUAUGUUCGGAAGCCUUCCCGGAAGGAUGCAGAUGUUGAGUUGCUCCUUCGCGAAUGCCUCAAGGAAGAGUCAGAUGCAAGGUUAUAGCUUUGUUCCAAGAUGGGACAACCUGACCUCGCACAGAAGGAUUCUAGUAAGAGUGACACAGGAUGAUUCGCUUAGCUUGGCCGUGAACAAAA